CUGCCCCAGCCCCGCUGCUCCCGGUACCAGGAAGGCAGGAGGCUUCAGCUCCUUUGCUACCUGCCCGGUGCUGUGACACUGAGGGACGUGGUUAGUGGGCAUGGUGGGGGUGGGAUGGGGCUGGACUUGGGGAUCUGAGAGGUCUCUAUAUGGGAGCAUCCCCUGGGCAGGGCCAGCACCUGGAGGCUGGGAUGGAGCCACGUGACGGCGGUGGGGUUUUUAGGGCCGGCUGCCUGACCCCAGAGCAGUGUGUGGCAGCCCUGGGGGAGGCAGGACCACAACAGCACCUCGCCCCGUCCUGCCCACCACAGCCAUGUCCCGGGCAGCUGCAGCACAGCUGGGAGAGUCGGACGGCUCAGAAGAGGAGCUGGAGCGGGGGGCUGCACCCCGAGCAUGCUACAGGCAGGAGAUGUGGGUUCCUAAAGGGAGGGAUGCAACCGCCUGCCUGGGGAACACCAAGGAGAUGAAGGUGAGGAAGAGGAGCAGGCCGGCACGCUCCAAGGCCAGGAGGAUGGCAGCCAACGUGCGGGAGCGCAAGAGGAUCCUAGACUACAACCAAGCCUUCAACGCCCUGCGGCUGGCCCUCAAGCACGACCUCGGCGGCAAGAGGCUCUCCAAAAUCGCCACUCUCCGGAGAGCCAUCCACCGCAUCGCCGCUCUGUCCCUGUCCUUGCACUGCUGGCCCUGUUCUCACUCCGAGUGCCGCAGGCAGGGUGUCCGGGACGGCCGCCUCGGGCCCCCCAGUGCUACGGGGUAUGGCCGCUAUCCCCCCGAGAGCCAGCUCCAGCACUACGAGAGCCCGCAGGAGGAUACCCCAGCAGCCAGCCCCGUGUUUUACCCCGCUGGGAGCCUGCAGAAGCACACGAGCAACCUGAGAGCCCUCCCGCUUGCACCGCUCCCCUGGCAGCUGGGGGGGUUCCAGAGCUCUGGCUACCAGUGCCUCCCCAUCCACUGA